AUGAUGCUGAGCUGCGGUCGUCCCUGCACCUGUGGCCAUGGCACCGGUGUGGAGGAAAGCAAGUGGUAUGGGGUGCGCUCCUACCUGCACCUCUUCUAUGAGGACUGUGCGGGUACUGCCCUCAGUGAUGACCCUGAAGGGCCACCUGUCCUGUGUCCCCGCCGACCCUGGCCCUCAUUAUGCUGGAAGAUCAGCCUGUCCUCAGGGACUCUGCUCCUGCUGCUGGGGGUGGCAGCCCUGACCACUGGCUACGCAGUGCCCCCCAAGCUGGAGAGCAUCAGCGAUGGUAAGUUCCCAUCGUUGGAUCAGCGGGCAGCAGACUACAACCAGGCCCUGGGCACCUGCCGCCUGGCCGGCACAGCACUGUGUGUGGCGGCCGGGGUCCUGCUGGCCAUCUGCCUCUUCUGGGCCAUGACGGGUUGGCUGAGCCAGGACACCAAGGCAGAGCCCUUGGACACCGAAGCUGACCACCACGUGGAAGUCUUCAGGGACGAGCCAGAGCCCCGGCUGUCCCCCAUCUUCCGUGAUGCCAGCGGUCAGUCGUGGUUCUCGACCCCCACCAGCCCCUUUGGGCAAUCUUCUGUGCAGACCAUCCAGCCCAAGCGGGACUCUUGA